AUGAGCACUCGAGUCAUGCACGACAUGCAUGACAAACCUGGCAAAAUUCCAGACCUCGACGCUUUUGCAUUUGGUAGGCCGUUGAUGGCGUUAGUCGGCCACGUUGUGUACCCGUGUUUUUUGGUGUUGUGGAAGUCCAGCCGCGGGAGGUUUUUCAUGCACCACCUCUCGUGCUCCGCGAAGUGCUUGUCCUCUUUUUUCUGCUCCUUUUCUCGCGCCGUCGCCUGGAGCCACUGCGGAACCGGUGCUCUGAAGAUGUUGUUAGAAGUCUCGUCC